UUUGGCAAAGAAGAAGACAGAGAUAGCCCAACCAAACAUGUGCCAAGGGGUGUAUGGGAGCUGGCGGAUAAAGUUGGCAUUGACAAUGGAAGCGUACGCGAAUACGGUACAACAAGCAAUUCUGUUAAAGCGACGAUUAGCCAGUGCGAAGCCUGGAAAGCGUAUGCUCUUGAGCAUUUUGACUUGGUCGCGGCCGCAACAGAUCUGAGAUUGCUUCAGAAAACCACGAAAGAAAACGAAUCGCAACUCCGUACUUGCUCAAUGAAACUGCAGAAAUUUUUUCGAUCGGUCUUGCAACCGAAAUGGUUGACCAUUCAUGGAAACGCUCGAUAAAACUGCUAUAUUAUUAACCGACGAUAUUGGCGAGCUCAAUGCCAUUGUUAGGGGAACAAUGCUUCGUUAUGUCUCAUCGACAACGACCACAGGUUAUCCGUUGGCAUCACUUAUCCCAGCCGCAGCAAUCCGUGACAGCAGAUUUUUGAACCACGAAAACUGCUUACCAGUCGAUCCUCCACAAGAAUUUGAGGAUGACAACGAAGAUUACACAAGGAUUUUUAGUCAAGAACACAUUCAAUAUAUCCAUCAACAGUACCUGGGAAGCUCCCGAACCUCAUCGGCAGAAAAGCAUCCGGUGUGGAAGAAACUGCAUGUGGAUGGCUUCAGCGACGACCCCAAGAUGCCUAGAAGUCUAUCCCAAACGACCGGCGCGGUACAGGUCUUUGCAAGAAAUACCAUGAAGAUGUGGAGCGGAGCUAUUGUGAAUAAAGCAGCUGAAUAUGUCGUACGAAUCCUCUUGCGUUUGAUCCUUGCUCCGACGAGAGAAGCUGUCCAUCAAAGCAUGAUCAAGAAAAUGUCAGAAAAAAAGGAGCAAGCAACCGAUCAUGCGUUAAGAGACAAUCGCAAUGUGCAACGAAAUCUUCUUUAUUUUGAAAAAAAAAUACUAUCAUCAAUGUGAAAAUCAUUUGACACGUUGCCGGGACGAAGAAGAGUAUCAAAGGUGGCAGACCCGUCUGUACCAGUCACAAGUACGCUUGGCUCGGAUUGACGUACAAUGCAAGCCACUGACGCAAAAGGGUAACCGAAAGCAGCGUAAACAAAAUUCUUAAAUCUAGUUCGUUUGAUACACUUAUGUAACUCAAAUUAACCGGUAAAUGGAUGUAACGUAUCAGAUCAAUCGUUGGUUGAAAAUUGGGUGGACCCAAAUUAGGCAGUA